AUGCACCUUCUUGUGGAUGGCGACUACUUGCUUAGCGGCUUCCGGCCCACCUCGGAGGAGGAAGUGAAGGCGGCAGUGGACCGGCUCAUGACGGCGAUUGAGCAACAGCUGCUGCUGCCAGCCGGUGCCGACACCGCGGUGACAACCCUUGUCUCCCGUAUCAUCUUCUUCUCCUCUGCGCUCAUCAAAGGGCUCGAGGAGGGGCCGCGCACGUGCGUCAUCUCCACCCUACGCCGUCUGCGCUUCCAGACCCACGUUCUGGAAAGCAUCCACGGCCGCGCCGGCACCCCGGUUGAUGCCGCGUUAUGCACGAAGAUGCUACAGUUGUCGUUGCUGCCCGCCGGAGGUGGCGUCAAUGGCAGUAACAGCGCUGUGCUAUCGCAUGGCCAUGCGGCGCAUGCCUUCUGCUUGGUGACGCCCAACGCAUAUCUUUCCACGGCGAUGGAGCUGAUGGCGUCGCGUGAGUGUGGCGAGAUUGUCUUCGCUGUGUACGAGGGCGACGAGGUGGCAGAGGAACUGCUCGGCUACGCGUCAGCGCGGUAUGGUGCAACGGGUGGCGUGGCGACAAUGGCGAAGCACGAUGGCGUCACGUUUCUGCCUAGCACAGAGGCCGCUGUCGCUGCUUUGGCGCUGGUGCAGCAGCAGGAGCAGGGCAACUUGUCCGUCUCCGCGCUGGCAGAGCUGAAGUCGCUGCAGGUGCGCCUUCAGCAGCGGAAGUCGACCACUGGCGCUGGGGCAACGGUAGUGAUGCCGAAAGCAACUGCAGCCACCGCGGUGGCUCCACCCCCGCUGCCUACAGUGUCUAACCUGUUUGCACCACCCAGUGGGCCACAGACGAGGGUGGCGACGGCACCACCCUCGUCGCCGGCCUCUCGACGCAGUAGCAGCGCAUCCUCCAGGGACGAUGGCGAUGGCGCCAAGCACACGCUUCCACAGGGGCCGCCACCGGUGCUGGCAAUGGCGAAGCCGCUUGACCGGGUGAACGUACCGGCGCCGCCCUCGUUCUUCGAGACAGGCUCGCUGCACACUGUCACCACCGCCACGUCACCACGGACGGUGGUGCAGCACGCCUCACCGCCAUCCGCGAUGCCGCCGCUGUCGAGCACGUCGCCCCUCUCAGCCACCAACGGUGUCGCGGGCGCAGCGACGUCUAUUGGUGAGCCGAUGGUGUCCACCACCCUCCCAGUGGAGUGGGGCCUCGUCUACGAUGCAGCGCAGCAGCGCCACUACUACGCACACACGGACGCGACGGGGCGGACGCGUUCGACGUGGCAGCACCCGCUAGGGCCGCAAAAACAGUUGGAGCUGGAGGAGCAGGUGCAGACGUGGCGCGCGGCGCGACUGCAUUCGCCGCACUCGACGCAGCUGCAGCCGAGUAGUGCGCUGCCGGACGGCUGGGAGGAGCGCACAGACCCGCAGACCAAGCGCACAUUCUACGUUGACCACAAGUCGAAGACGACGUCGUGGGAGCGCCCACAGCCGACUGUCGCGAACGUCAGCUCCCAUGCGAGUGGCAGUGGGGCGAUGGCGCUGCCGGCACCGUGGGAAGCGCGUGUUGAUCCCAGCACUGGUCGCACCUUCUACGUUAACCACGAAACCAAGACGACGUCGUGGGAACCGCCGGCGGUGGCAAGGUCGACGUGCGGCACCGAGUCGCUGUCACAACACGCUUUCUACGCGAAUGACAAGACGCGGCAGACGAGUUGGAACGGGCCAAGGUCGGCGGUACCGACGCUGCCGGCACCGUGGGAAGCGCGUGUUGAUCCCAGCACUGGUCGCACCUUCUACGUUAACCACGAAACCAAGACGACGUCGUGGGAGCGGCCACUGGUUUGA